ACGAGUGGCGGGGAAACGCUGCGGGAGCCGCGGCGGUCGCUGUUUGCCUGGUGUAAGCCGCGCCUUCGUCUGUGGGCCGAGCCAUGGCUCUGCAGCUCACCCGGGAGCAGGGUAUUACCCUCCGCGGAAGCGCCGAAAUCGUGGCCGAGUUCUUCUCAUUUGGCAUUAACAGCAUUUUAUAUCAGCGUGGCAUAUAUCCAUCUGAAACCUUUACUCGAGUACAAAAAUAUGGACUCACCUUGCUUGUGACUACUGAUCCUGAACUCAUCAAAUACCUAAAUAAUGUGGUGGAACAACUAAAAGAAUGGUUAUACAAAUGUUCUGUUCAGAAACUGGUGGUAGUCAUCUCAAAUAUUGAAAGUGGUGAGGUCCUUGAAAGAUGGCAGUUUGAUAUUGAGUGUGACAAGACUGCAAAAGAUGACAGUGCAGCCAGAGCAAAGUCUCAGAAAGCUAUCCAAGAUGAGAUCCGUUCAGUGAUCAGACAGAUCACGGCUACAGUAACAUUUCUGCCGCUGUUGGAAGUUUCCUGUUCAUUUGAUCUACUGAUUUACACAGAUAAAGAUUUGGUUGUACCUGAGAAAUGGGAAGAAUCAGGACCACAGUUCAUUACCAAUUCUGAGGAAGUCCGUCUUCGUUCAUUCACUACUACAAUCCACAAAGUAAAUAGCAUGGUGGCCUACAAAAUUCCUGUCAAUGACUGAGGGAUGAGCUGAGAAAAAUAAUGUAUUUGCAAUUCUCAAUUGUGUUUUCCUGAAAGGAAGUCAACUACAAGUUGAUAUGUUUUAUUUCACUGGUCAGUUUUUAGAUGGGGAAUCAACAUUACACCCUACAGAAGUGUGCGUCAUCCGUUUUUUGUACCUGUUUAAUGUUCCGUGGAGUUGACAUCAUGAAUUAGUGGAGAUUAUGGCAUUAUCCCCUCGUUAAUGUAUUUGGCUAAAUAGAUUAGCACAAAAGUGUAUUACACAUUGUUGAACAGGGAACCAGCAGAUUUCAUCAGUGUUGUUAUGUCAGUUCUUUUGAAGGUGGCAAUGGUAGUUGGAAAAACUUUUGCUCUAAAGCCAGAUAAGUUCCUAAAUCAGACAUUUUGGUCAAGUAGCUUGAGUCAGAAUAUAGGUAGGGUGAUAUUUAAUUGUAAAUUACAGCAAAAGAAACCUGAAUAUUCAGAAUCUUUGUUUAGAUCCUGAAAAUAACUAAUACAAUCCAUAAGUAAUGAAAUGUUCAGGUCCUUCCAGCAUUUACUUAGAUAUAGAGUUCCCAUGUUGAAAAACUUUCCAAUUAUUUGAUUUUAAUUUAUAUAAGUUGUACCUGUGAAGCUAUAAAUGUUUUUACUGUUUAAUUUCCUGUGAUUGAACUUUUAGAAAAUGAUAAAAUCAAGCUUUAAAUGACAAUGGUGAAAUAAAGUUAAAUUUGUAUGUUUUAAAUUUGUCUUAAAAUAUUUUGAUAUUGGUGUUAAAUGUUAGCUAGGGUGGGUUCAGUAUAGCAAAUGAUUUUUUUAUGUCAGCUGGGGUAUAGAUCCAGAGCAUACAAAGUCGGGUAAAUCUUGAAGUACUUGGAAUCUUUUGUGCUUUGAUUAUACCACUUUAAUCUCGUAAUAAUUGACUUAAAAUAAACAUUGUAUGAAAAGAGAUAUGCUGUUUGGAAUGAGUUCAGUUUAGCAAAUGUUGGAUUGUAGUACCUUUAGGAGUCCCUGGGUGGUGCAAAAAAUUAAGCACUGGACUAGUAACGAAAAGUUUGGUGGUUCAGACUCACCUACAGGCAACUUGGAAGUAAGGCCUGGCAGUCUGCUUUCAAAAUUUCACAGCCUUGAAAACCAUGGAGCAGUUCUACUCUGUGUACAAUGGGUUGCAAUGAGGUAAAAUCAACCCGAGGGCAGCUAACAAUAACAACAAAGGGCCUUUCUACACUCUUAGUGACUUAAGUGUAAGAUUUCUCAGUAUAUCCUCAGUACGGCUUUUUUUUUACUGUCAGCUUCAUUAUCUUUGUAUACUUAUACAGCUUGCUUAUCCCUGUGCCUGCAUUAAUACCAUCAUCAGGCGUGUUCUAUCUAGUUCCCACCUGUUUUUCCAAGGUCAGUUUAAUGCAAACGUCAAAGAAGUCUUUUAUAAUCUGUAUUCUAAAUCUGAUCUCUUUUGUAGUAAUUAAAUUUAUUAAGUAGCUACAAAGCCCAUUCGACACUGUUCUCAGCUCUUAUGUACUAACUCAUUUAACUUUCACUUUUAAGUGAAUACACACAGCCUGUAUUCAUUUAUUCAAAAAUUACAUGUUGAACAUCUAUUAAUUUGCAAAAAUACUGUGUUGCAAGUGCCAGGAUGAAUGAAACAAAGUUCUGACCUUUCUGAAGCUUAAAAUCUUAGGAGGGAAAGAAAAAUACAUUGCAGAGGACCAUAAAGUAGCCAUAUAUGUCAUUUAAUUAUGUAUUUCUUUGUCUUCAUUAGUUCACUUGAUGAAUCAUAUCUUCUUGAUCCAAUUACAUACUUUUUAAGAACAAACUGCAUUGUCUCACAUUCGUUCAUCUCAGUGCUUGGCAAAUAGAUGC